AUGGUGGACUACUACGAGGUGCUGGGUGUGCCCCGGCAGGCCUCCUCGGAGGCCAUCAAGAAGGCGUACCGCAAGCUGGCGCUCAAGUGGCACCCCGACAAGAACCCGGAGAACAAGGAGGAGGCCGAGAAGAGAUUCAAGCAGGUGGCCCAGGCCUACGAGGUGUUGUCGGACGCCAAGAAACGCGACGUCUACGACCGCUACGGUGAGGCCGGCGUGGACGGCGGCAGCGCGGGCGCAGGCAACUUCGAGGACCCCUUCCAGUUCGUCUUCACUUUCCGCGACCCGGCUGAGGUCUUCAAGGAGUUCUUCAGCGGCCGGGACCCUUUUUCGUUUGACUUCUUCGGAGACCCGCUUGAGAACAUUUUUGGGGGUCGGAGGAGCUCCCGGGGAAGCAGAGGGUCCGCACCCCUUUUCUCUACCUUCAGUGGCUUUCCAGCUUUUGGGGGUGGUUUUUCUUCUUUUGAUACAGGAUUUACUUCCACAGGAUUUACUUCCUUUGGUUCCCUUGAAAAUGGAGGCCUUUCUUCCUUCUCCAUGUCUUGUGGCAGUGGUGGGACAGGAAGCUUCAAGUCCAUGUCAACUUCCACCGAAAUGGUUAAUGGCAAAAAAGUCACCACCAAAAGAAUCAUUGAGAAUGGCCAGGAAAGAGUGGAAGUGGAAGAAGACGGAGAGUUAAAGUCCCUGAUAAUAAAUGGCAGAGAGCAGUUGCUACACAUUGACACCAAGUAA